AUGGAUAUUAACUAUCUUGAUUAUCUUGAUGAUGACUUAAACUAUGAUUGGCUAGAACAAACUAUUCGUGUUCCUAAACGAUAUUUACGUGAUAUGCAAAACUCCAUUGAAGGGUUUCCAAAAUAUAUUGUGUUAGAAAUAAUUUUACCUAUAAUAUACUUGGAUAAUAUGGAUUGCAAUUCUGAUAGACGUGGGUUAAAAAUCGAUAAUAUUACAAAAGUAUUAAUUGCCCUACGUUUCUAUGCAAGUGGAAAUGACCAAAGAGUUAAUGGAGAUACAUUAGGAUAUUCACAAGCUUCGAUUUCUAUUGUAGUUAAAGAAGUAUCGGGAUUACUAGCUAAAUGUGGAAAAAAAUGGAUUCGAUUUCCAAGAGCACCAUAUUUACAAGACACUAAGGAACAAUUUUAUUUAAUUGGUGAAUUUCCUGGUGUAAUUGGAGCUGUAGAUUGUACACAUGUCCCUAUUAAAAGUCCCGGGGGCGACAACGCAGAAAUUUACAGAAAUCAAAAGAUGUCAUUAAAUGAUUGUGAUCCUAAAAUGCAAAUUUUUGACAUAGUCUGCAGAUGGCCCGGUUCAGUUCAUGAUAGUAGAAUAUAUAAUAAUAGCCGAGUGAAACUUCUAAUUGAAUCAAAUGCUUUAGCUGGCCAUUUAAUUGGAGACAGUGGUUACCCUCAGAGUAAAUUUCUAUACACACCUAAACUCAAUCCAUCAACUGCAGCAGAAAAUAAAUACAAUAAAUCACAUAUAAAAAACAGAAAUGUUAUUGAAAGAGUGAACGGUGUACUCAAAAGUCGAUUACGCUGCUUAUGCAGAAAGCUCCGUACUAAACUUCAAACUUCAACUUUGAUCAUCGGUACAUUUGCUAUACUUCAUAAUGUAGCAUUAAGUUAUAAUUUAGAUUUACAAAUAGAAAAUGAAGAAGAGAAUGUCAGGUUACCCAGAAAUUAUGUAUUAGCUAUACCAGACAAUCGACUCGGGAACAUUAUAAAAGCAGAAUUUAUAGAAAGAUAUUUCACAAGAGUAUACAACACCUUGAAGUGGGAUUGCGUCGACGUCAACCAAGACAAAACUACCUGGGAAUCAGUCCAAGUGUAA